GUCUGGGAGCAGCAGGAUGUGCGAACGAGGGAGAGUGAGACAGAUGAAACAGACGGAGGCAGACAGGCAGACACAAGUUCAGUCCAGAGGAGACCACCGCGUUUACACAUAUGACAGAGUAAAGCUGGUUCAAGGAUGUCUGUCAGCUCCCCGAGUAGCAGUGACGCAUGUCUGAGCAUCGUUCACAGCCUUAUGUGCCACCGGCAGGGCGGGGAGAAUGAGGGCUUUGCCAAGCGUGCCAUCGAGAGUCUGGUGAAGAAGCUGAAGGAGAAAAAAGAUGAGCUAGACUCCCUCAUAACUGCCAUCACCACCAACGGAGUCCACCCCAGCAAGUGUGUGACCAUCCAGAGAACGCUGGACGGUCGGCUGCAGGUAGCUGGACGAAAAGGCUUUCCCCAUGUCAUAUAUGCUCGACUGUGGCGCUGGCCAGACCUCCACAAAAACGAGCUCAAACAUGUCAAGUUCUGCCAGUACGCCUUCGAUCUGAAGUAUGACAAUGUGUGCGUCAACCCCUACCACUACGAACGGGUGGUGUCUCCCGGCAUCGUUGGACUGAGUUUGCAGACCACAGCUUCCCUCUCGACAGGCAGGCCAAUAAAGGAAGAGUACAUCCAUGACUGUAUUCAGAUGGAAAGGCCAUCCAGGUUGCCCUCCCAGCAGGACCACCGUGCCCCUGACCAUUACAGCCAACAACUGCCCCCCCUCCAGCUGCCUCCAGAGCCCCAUCAUCACUCCCCUCCCUCAAUAACCCUGUACCCCAGCCUGCCCCUCUCCCCACCUGUGAGCAGUUCCAGAUUGUCCCUGCAGGGGAGCUGUACUGAGGGUCUGCUGCAGAUAGCCUCUCCUCCAAGCAGGGCUUUGGCCUCCAGUUCUCCGCCGACUACCCCCACUGCCACACACCCACCAACACACACAACCACACACACACAGGCUUCUGGCCAACAACCUGCUGACAGCCAGAGUGACUACAGCACCCCCAAACACACACAGACACAGACCUCCUACCACACUACAACUUGGACAGGAACAAGUACUGCCUCCUACACAGCUGUGGGAUCCCAACAAAAUGGGCGAAGUCAACAGCAAGCCCCUCCCCACCACACUGGUCAUUUUUGGUCUCAACAUCACACUCCAGCCUCAUACCCACAGCCAGUCUCCAACCAUCCAGGUCCAGAGUUCUGGUGCUCCAUCUCGUACUUUGAGAUGGAUAUCCAGGUGGGGGAGAUGUUUAAGGUGCUGGCUAACUGCCCUAUGGUAACUGUGGAUGGAUACGUGGACCCAUCAGGAGGAGAUCGCUUCUGUCUGGGGCAACUCAGUAACGUGCAUCGCACAGAUGCCAGUGAGAGAGCACGGCUCCACAUCGGUAAGGGCGUGCAGCUGGAGUGUCGUGGAGAAGGGGACGUGUGGAUGCGCUGCCUGAGUGAUCAUGCUGUCUUUGUGCAGAGUUACUACCUGGACAGGGAGGCAGGGAGAGCGCCAGGAGAUGCUGUGCACAAGAUCUACCCAGGAGCCUACAUAAAGGUUUUUGACCUACGACAGUGCCAUAGGCAGAUGCAGCAGCAGGCAGCAACUGCACAGGCAGCUGCAGCUGCACAGGCUGCAGCAGUGGCAGGGAACAUUCCAGGGCCAGGCAGUGUGGGGGGCAUUGCUCCUGCUGUCAGUUUCUCUGCAGCAGCGGGUAUAGGUGUGGAUGAUCUGCGGCGUCUGUGUAUACUGCGUCUGAGCUUCGUGAAGGGCUGGGGGCCAGACUACCCACGGCAAAGCAUCAAACAGACGCCCUGCUGGGUGGAGGUGCAUCUGCACCGUGCCCUGCAGCUGCUUGACGAGGUGCUGCACACCAUGCCCUUCGCUGAUCCUGGCCCUGCUAACUAACCUGUGAGCAGACAUUAUAAAGAAAGACUUCAGCAGUAUUACAGCAGCUCUUGCGCACCACAGCAUCCCCCAGGCCAGGGAGAGAGAGACAGAGGGAGAGACAGACGGUGAUACGCUACAUAGCUUCUCUGUCAUACACAGCACGCCCGCAUGAGCAGACAGUGACUCAUGGAAGCAGGCAAGAAACACACACGAGCUUUCCACUGCCACGGCCAGCAGACUGAGCAGACCUCCACGCUGACCGGUAUUUAGUCCACGCAUGGAGCUGUUGACUACAUUGCCAUGGAGAUACAGACCAGAGAGAGAAAGAUGUUUUCAAAGCCCAGGUAAAUACGAGGCCUUGAAAGUGAAGUGUUCAGCAGUUUUGAUAGAGAGGUUUGUGAGACGCCACUGAAACCUGUAGGCUGUCCUGACUGGAACUGAUGACUCAUGGUAUUCUAGGCCUAGGAGAUCAUUCUAAAUGCCAGGUCAUGCUGUAAAGCAGUGAUGUCACAGAGCUUAAUAUGGGAACUGAUAAACAAUAGACAAUCUUCAUGCUGAUCUUUGUUAUUUUGGAAAAGCAGGGUUACUGCUACAAUGUCUUUUUGUAACCAUCAGACAGUAUUUUAUUGUAGAAAUAGUGGGUUUUGGUAAAACCAAAGCACCAAUUCAUAUCAAGUGAUAACCAUACUAUAUUUAACAGUUUAUUGUACCAAAGAUGGGAUGUUGUUUUCCUUUAUUGUUGUACCAUAAGACAUGGAUUGAAUAUCGGUUAAAAUUGCAAUACACUGACUCUGAUACCGAUUCCUGAACAAUACAUUUUUUUAUGUUGUUGCUGUCUGAAGAAAACAAGUAUCUCUAAAAUGGUAACUUCACAGGAGAGAAAAAACGUGCUUAAAUUUUUAUGUAUGUUAAUGUAAAGAGAUUUUAUUCUAACUAAUUUUGGAACAUUUCAAUUGUUUCUUUGGACAGCAACAAUAUCUUCCUUUAAAUUGUCUUCUAUCAUUUGUGAUUUAAACUAGAAAUGAGUAUGAGGUGCUGGAAGUGGGUAUAUUUACUGACCACAACUGAUUGCAAACUAAUUAAGCAAAACUGCUGCUGAUAACAUGCAAACAGAAUGUAAUUCAGACAACCAGUCAUGAAUAGAACAACUUUCACUGACAGAUUCAGGUCAGUAACAUCAAAGUACUGAAUUUCAAUAUCCAAUUCUACACAGAUGCCCUUUCAAAGGGCUCAUAUUCUACUCUUUUUGUUAUUUAUUUUUCUCCCUGACGUCCACUUUUUGUGUAACUUUUUUGUACUGAAAUGGUUGAUUUGUUUUACAUGACAAUUUUCCAAACUCUCUUUGUGCCUUGCUGUGCCUUUAAGACAGAUAUAUGAAAUUACCUCUGUUCUGAUUGGCUGUCCUGUACUGUGCCAUAUUAAGAAAGCAGUCCAGGCUGAAACACUGCUUAAAACUUCAACAUGAAUGGGAGGGGCUAAACUGCUGUAGGCUGAACAGGCAGAUAUGUGUGAGUUAGUUCUUGUGACAUCACAAAACCAGUGGAUUUAAAACAGGCCACACAUUUCCAUAUAUUGACUAUAUGGAGUAAAGUGAAUGGUUAAUUUUGAAACGGAGUAAACACUGUUACAUAGUACGUUUGUUGCAGAAAGCUGAGGGACAUUGGAUUUUUCAUUAUAUAAGUGUUUUAAAUUUGCAGUAGUAUACCUUAAAUUCAGCUUCUCUGAAGUGAACAGAACAACAAUGAAAAAGCAAAGCACAAGUUGAUAUUCUUAUUUAUGAUGUCAGAUUGUACAUUUUCAGGGUUUCAUCUUUUUCUGUCAUUUGUCCUUGUCUGUUGUGAGAGAUGUUUGAGGUGUUUAUUUCUCCUCUGCUCUUACAUGCUAUUGUGCCUUAUCACCAGUGAGAGCACUAUACAUAAUUUUUAUAUAAAUCUAUUCAGAUUGAUUAUUUAGAGAGCCCAGCUUUGCUUUACAUCCAGCAUGAUCCAUCAUACAUCCACUAAUCACUGACUAGAGGUAUGUUAAGUUUCAGAUCAUGAGAUAAGAAUUGCUUUUAAAUUUUGUAGAGAUGAGGCUGUGAAGCACAGAUUCUCUGUGCUGUUUAUUAAUACAUCCUUUAAACAUAUCAAGGCCAUUCAGAUGUGUUUAUCAGACUCGGAUUCAGUAAACCCAUGCAACACUUUGCCACUAUGUCAAAACUGCACUUACAGCAUUUAUCCCUUAAUAAAGACCUCGUGGUCACUUUUGGUAUUACUGUCUGCCACUUUCUCAGUGGUGUGAGCUUCAGGCAGCAAACAGCUCUAGCAAACAGCUUUCAUGCAAAAGAUGCAUUACAAAGAUUUUGUACAGUGUUGGCAAUAUUUCAUUUUCAAAAGAUAUCCUAUUGCAAAGAAAUGAUUAGACAAACAUUUUUAAGAGGCUGACACUCAUGGAUUGUCUGGUCAUCACCUGCCAGGUUUACAAUAGUACGUGCAGACACGCUGUAGUCUGCUUAGAAGUGAAAGGUAUCAUAGCUUCAGUUUCAGGCCACUUUCCCAAGUGCCUCCACCCAAACCUUAUAAAUGAGGCUGAAGUGUAAGGUAGUUGUUUAUCUUUGCACAUCAUUGUGUACAGUGCCAUGGCUUGAAGCUACUGCGAGACUUGAAGUGUAUUUUAUCAAGCUUUGACAUUAUUAAAAGGUAUAGGUCAAAAGCAACAACAACAAAACCUUUUGGCAGAACAAUCUUGUACCUUGUUUACUAAUGCACAGAGUGUUUGGCUGUAGACCCCAAAGCUUUCCAAGACAACCGAUGAAAUAAAAUUGGGAAAAGAAA